AUGACGCACGCGUUUUUAGUUGUGGUUACAAUCGCUAUCAGUUUGAAGUUGCUGUUUUUGAUGUUUUCACUGUUCGUUACUCUCACAACCAGCUCGGAAACACAGACGCCGGGCGAUUUGCAGACGAAGCAAAGGAAAACGAACGUGAUGUCCAUUUGGAAGCAAACAUUCUCAAGAUUCUUUAGCAAACCACAGUGUAUGGAGACGAACAACAAAGCAUUUAGUAUGAAACUUUGA